UUCUUCGACGGAGCGACUUGGAGGAACGCUCGGCACACAAGUCACUCUUUCUGCUGCGAGCGUCUGCGAAGACCCCUGGUCAUGUCUGCUUAGCUGUCCUGCGUGAUGCCUGAUCAUGACAGCACCACCCUCCUAACCAGACAGACCAAGCGCCGACGUGUUGACAUCGGGGUGAAAAGGACCGUGGGUAGCGCGAUAUUCAGCCGCGCCAGGGACUCCCUGCUCGACAGAAUGAACCAAUCGCACGGCCCCGACCAGGACGGAGACUGCUCACUGGUCAGUCACGGCCACGGAGGCACCAAUAGUGAUGGAGAGAAGUCCAACGUUCUGAGGAAGCUGCUCAAGAGGGCCAAUUCGUACGAAGACGCCAUCAUGCCUUUCCCUGGCGCCACAAUCAUCUCCCAGCUGUUAAAAAACAACAUGGGGAAGAACGGAGGCAGCGACUCGGGCUUCCAGGGGAGUGGAGCUCUGUCCAGCGGAGGCUCGGAGAUCCAGGCUGAGGACGCCUGCAGCAACUCCUCCCGGGACCGAGACAGCCCGUCCGACUGCCUCUCUCCUGGACCUCCUCUUGCUCCUCCACCUUCCUCCUCCUCCUUUGGGAGACCGCCGCCUCCUUCCAGCUCCCACGCUCCCUCUCAGCCCCUCUCUCUCUCCUCCUUCGACCUGGACCGACUGUCGGACGAACACCUUCGCGCCAAGCGGGCCCGAGUGGAGAACAUCAUCCGAGGCAUGAGCCACUCCCCGCUGGUCCGGCCCAACGUCGGCGACCACGGCCAAGAGAGCAACCGCGAGAACGAGAACAGCAGCAACAACAGCAGGGAGGUCUACAGGGAGAACAAGAGGAAGCAGCGCCUGCCCCAGCAGCAGCACAGCUUCACCCAGCUGGUGUGUUCGAGGCAGGAGCAGAGACAGGAGGAACGCCGGCAGCUCAAACUGCAGCUGGAGGACAUGCAGAAACAGCUGCGCCAGCUUCAGGAGAAGUUCUACCAGAUCUACGACUCCGAGACGGAGGAAGAGGAAGAGAACGAGGAGGACGGAAACCUGUCAGAGGACAGCAUCCGCUCCGACGGCCUGGAGGAGAGGCACCGAGACCGAGGGCGGCACAGCCACGACGACCUGUCCGAGCUGGACCCGGGUCUGUUUCUGGACCGGGCCCGAGCCCUGCUCCGAGAACAGGCGCUGAUAGACGGGGAGAUGGAGGAGGACGUGGACAGCAGGGAGGAGGAGAGGAGCGGAGAAAGGGUGCUGAAGAGGAGAGGAGCAGCGGGAGGCGGAGGAAGGCAGCUAGCAGAGACUCUGAAGCAGGAGCUGAACUGUGCCGUAUCGCAGGUGGUCGACACCGUCGUCAAGGGCUUCUCUUCCACGCCGGCUGCACCUUCCUCGUCCUCCAACUCGUCCUCCUCCUGUCCUCCUCCUUUCGGCCCCCUGCCCUCUCUCACCCCAGACUCACGCUUCGGCGGAGGCGCCCUGGCCCUCAGUCUGAACGGCGACGGCAGUCCCACCCCCAACUACCACUCCUCCAACCAGAGGCUGCACUGCUUUGGGGAUGUGAUUGUCCCGAGUCCGCUGGAUUCAUUCGGUGGUCUGAGCGGCCGACUGAGCGGUGUGCCGACGCCCAACGACCAAACGGAGGCGCUGCCGCUGGUAGUGCGCAAGAGCGGUGGAGGAGGUGGAGGAGAGAACCCAAACCCCUCUCUUCCUCCUCCUCCUCCUCCUCACCACCCCUCCCUCCACCCGUCCCCCCUCCCAGCCUCACUCGGGUUCAGCCCUCCAUCUUUUCGCCACCCAUUCCCCAUUCCCCUCAUGGGUUACCCCUUUCAGAGCCCGCUGGGGUCUCAUGGGGGUGGAGCCGGCUACCCUCCAGGGCCCAAAGACCACCAUCGGUCCUCCCCUGACUCCAUGGACAUAACCCGGGAAACUGUGAGCCUCCGAACCAAAAUGGCAUCCCUGGGAGGCGGCCAUCUUGGUCACCAUCACCACAGGCAGAGCUCCCCGAGCCAACACGGGUCAGAGGGUCUGUCGCUGUCCCUCAUCAAGUCCGAGUGUGGAGACCUGCAGGACAUGGCCGACAUAUCGCCAUACUCAAGCAGCACCAUCCAGGAGGGCUUGUCUCCAAACCACCUGAAGAAAGCCAAGCUGAUGUUCUUCUACACCCGCUACCCUUCCUCCAACAUGCUCAAGAUGUACUUCUCUGACGUCAAGUUCAAUCGCUGCAUCACCUCCCAGCUGAUCAAGUGGUUCAGCAACUUCCGGGAGUUCUACUACAUCCAGAUGGAGAAGUUUGCACGGCAGGCCAUCAACGAGGGCGUCACCGCUGCCGAGGAGCUGACGGUGGGCCGCGACGCCGAGCUGUUCAGGGCGCUCAACAUGCACUACAACAAGGCCAACGACUUCGAGGUUCCUGAUCGGUUUCUCGAGGUGGCUCAGGUGACUCUUCGUGAGUUCUUCAAUGCCAUCGUGGCUGGAAAAGAUGCCGACCCGUCCUGGAAGAAGGCCAUCUACAAGGUGAUCUGCAAACUGGACAGCGAGGUUCCUGAGGUUUUCAAAUCCCCCAACUGUCUACAAGAGCUGCUCCAUGACUGACUAGAGCAGGGGAGGAAAGCCGGCAAGCAGAACAAACCUCCGAGGACCGUCAGAAGACUGUAAGAAACGCCUCCUAAGGUGCAGAGUUAGACUAGAUGGAGGUCUUAAUGAGAUGCAUUUGAAGGUGUUCAGAACGUGAUGCAGAGUCUUGCAGUGGUUCUGUUUGGAGGUUUGUUUAAAGAUAGAACUGCCCUCAAGAUGUUUUACAAAGAAAAGAUGUUCCUCUUGAACGUGGUGGAGGACUCUGAUGAUGCUCAAACUAACUAACGACGUUGGGACUUUUAGAAAUGAAAAGCAAAACCGUGAGAAAUUGAGUCUCGUUGCACUUAGAGAAAAGCUCCUCCGUCUUCUUUCUCCUCCAGCUUGUUCAAACGUUCUCUUCAUCCCUGUCCAGAGGAACAACGGAGGUGAGGAAGAUGAUGGACGAAUCUUCAACUUGAGAUCAGGAGCGAACUAAAAAUAAAGAAGAUAAUAUAUUAAAAGAAAAAAAAUCUUUUUAUUGUGGAUGUUUUUAAGUUACAUGGACAUUUUUGAAAAAAAAAAAAGUGAUGUUUCUGUAUUUUUUCUCCUUUGUAUAAGAUCACACCCUCUCUUCUAUAAACCCUGCACACACACACACACACACACACACACACACACACACACACACUUUAAAUAGGAAGCACAGUAGCAUUCCCAAAUCCUCACUGGAACCCAGAAAAGUGGGCAAAAACCAGACGUAGUAGUUGUUUGAUCCCAGCCAUGGCCCUCCUCCUUUGACUUCAUCCUCCUGUUCUUGUACUGAGACUUACUGCGUGUUUGUUCUGACCGUGCGGCCCGUUCUGCCUCCGACCCUCCCGGCUGCCUCUCCGGGUUUUUGUUUUAGAAAAGUUCGUCCAAACCGGAGACAAACAGACAAGCUUCUUUUAAAGCGACUGGUUAACCUCAGUUUGGAGCUAGCAUGACAUUUACAGUCCUGAUUCCACUUACUCCGGUUUCAGAGCCGGACCAACACUGGGUUUUGUGGCAGACACCAGGUUUGAUGUUUGUUCAGGACCCACAGACAUUUUUGAGGAAAAUUUCUUGUGAACAAAGCACCGGGUGGUGAAUCUCCUCCACGGCUGCGUUUAGCUCCUGCAGUCAGUGGAUCCUUAGUUUGGACCGAUGCUGGAUCUCCUACAGGCCCGUUUGUAUCCAGGUGUGCAAAAACAGAUUUUUAGCACAAUAAAGGUUCCUUAAAUUUUGCUAUUUAAGAUUUCUGAACAUGCUAUGAACUGAGCAGGACUUUUUACAGGAAAACUCAUCCCGUUGGUUCUCUCUGGUGGACAAACUGUGUAAUGCUGAUUGUAUGACCUCAGCGUGUUUGUGGCGUUUCUGUACAGCAGUUUAUUUUCCUAAUCGGCCAGUUAGUCCACCGCUAUGAGAAGGACAAGCGCCUCCACUACUGCUGGAUUGUUUGUAAUGUUGUCAGAGGUAUAGCUCUGAUGUACAGCGCCGGGUGAAGGCAGGCGAGGGCCACAGCUGCUGCCGUAGCAACGUUUGGUGUCAUUGUGGUUCCUUUAUUCUGCUGAGACGUCAUUGGUCCAUUCUGUCUCACAGAAUCACUUCAUGGUUGGGUUUUAUUUUGUAGUCGUGGAUUCAUGCAGGUCAGUUCUGUAAAACCAUCCAGUUCCAUUUCAAUCACAAAGCAGCACAUUAACGCUAAAACAACAGAGGACCUUUCUCAGACGGUGCUUUGAAUCUUUUUUCAAGUAUUGAUUGAAUUCAGACAGAAGAACAGAGAACUGACUGUUGUGCAAUCAUCUGCAUUCAGAAGUGCAGGAGGUCCGCUUGUGACCCCUUUUAUCUUGGAAACCUUCGAACUUCAAGUCCCGAAGAGCCACAAAGUGCAGUCAGGAAACUGAGCGAGGGGCAGCGGCAGGUCAUGUGUGACGUGUUUAAGGUUUUAACAGCAGAAAAAAAAGACAUACGACAAAAUGCUGAUAUUUGUAGCUUGUAUAGAUGUAAUAAUUACUCUGAUCACUCUGAUAUUGUUAUUAUUUAUAACUGAAAUAAUUAUUAAUGUUAUUCUGAUGAUUAUUAUUAAUGCUUGCUACAGAUUUGACCAGUGGUUUACUCAUUGUUUAUCCAUCACACUGCAACAUGAAAUAAAUUAUUCUUUGAACAAA